CCUUUUCCUUGCUCUAUUAAUCUCUUGCUUUAGCAGGUUUUAGUUGAGAAAAUGCAUUUCCAGAUAGGUUCACGGGGGAGUUACGUGGCGACCACGAGGACAAGUGCGGGGGAGCCGCUGGAGAGGAUAGAGAGGUUGGCGUCGGAGAAUGCGGUGGUUAUCUUUAGCGUUAGCAGUUGCUGCAUGUGCCAUGCGAUUAAGAGGCUGCUUUGUGGUAUGGGAGUUAACCCCACGGUGUAUGAGCUGGACGAAGAUCCUCGUGGGAAAGAUAUGGAGAAGGCAUUGAUGAGGCUGCUCGGAACCUCUCCUGCUGUUCCUGUUGUGUUCAUUGGUGGGAAACUGGUGGGUGCGAUGGAUAGAGUCAUGGCCUCUCAUAUCAAUGGUACUCUUGUUCCUCUUCUCAAACAAGCUGGUGCCCUCUGGCUUUGACUAUCUAUUGGAUCCUUCCCAAAAAAAAAAAAAAGAGAGAGUGAUAAUAAUAUAGGAAAGUAUGGCAGAGGAAGAGGAGUAUUAGUUUUGGAGUCUACUCCAUUUUGGAUACUGCAAUGGUUGUCAUGUCUUAAUCUCAACCUUUUUUCUUUUACUUCUUAUUCAUGUUUUUAGUUAC